AUGUACAAUAAAAACUGGCCUUUACAUCAGAAUACACCGAACUCCGAUGGUUGGUACUAUUCGAGUGCCUUGUACACCAAAUCUUGGUCUCUUUUCUUCCUUUUAGUCGAUUGGAGUGCGCUAGCGGACACUUGGCUGCAACAGAGGGAACAACAAGCACAUUGGCAACAACCACUUCCACCUGCACCUCCGCCUCCCCCUCCUCAGCUCUUACUUAACGCGCCACCGAUUCCACCACCUGGUCCACCUCCAAUCGGAAUGCCGUUUGCACCGUUACCACUACCAGCACAGAUGGGCAUGGUUUCACACCAUCACCAGCUACAGGUUGGUUCAAAUACCACUCAGGAAAGUUUUACGAUGACAAACAUCGAAAAUCAACAUUGGAGAUCACCAAUGCCUCCACUCAUCCUACCGCCGCCACCACCACCUUCAUUUGUGACGUCAAAUGCGCCCCAAUGGAGACCGACUACGAAUCACAAUCAACCAAUGUUUCACAUACAAACAGAAAUAGCACCGUCAUUUAGCAGUGGAAAGUUUUGGCCGCCAGGUAACACUGGUCAGCAAGUUCCGCCACCUCCUCUUCCGCCUCCAAUUCCACCACCAGUGCCACCUAAUUUGUCUCCGAUGCCACCACAAUUUCCUAUGCCUUCAUUUCAACAUCGACCUGUUGAAAAAAGGAAUAUAAACACGAGUUUGAAUACAUCCAUACCAUCUCUAAUGGAUCUUCCUACAUCUUAUGCGUCGAAAAGUGUACCUCCACCAGCACCUGUACCACCUGUAUCUAUACUACCGAAUGAAUCGACUUUGAGAACCAUACCUGACAAACCUAGUGAUGGUAACGCGAGCGCAAAGCGGCGAAAAAUUCCCCCUUGGCUACGAGACGCACUAGGUCGAAUGGAAAAAGAAAAGGAGAAGAAAAUACAAAAUACAAGUAAUCUUAGCAGCAGUAGUAACAAUAAUAAUAAUAACAGUGUGUCUACAAAUGAUAUUUCAUCGAAAUUCGAUGACGACGAAGACGAAGAUUCCAAUGAACAAACAGCUCGUUUACCUCAAGAAGCGUCAACAGUUUUCGACCAAGACAACGAUGAAGAUCAAUACGAAGACAACGAGGAUGAAGAUUCGAAUUCAGAACUGGUUUCUUCAACACCAAUUACCACUCGUCGAAGUCGAUUUGAUGAUGACAAAUCGACGGAUCAACAGCUCGAUGUCAGUGUAAUCCCAAGACGAACACAUUUGCCAUCUCCACCACCAGCUUCAUCCACGGCAACAGCCACUUUGAUCGAAGAUGAUCCUCUCGAUGGCGAAGAACAAUUCAUGAUCAAAUUGCGUCGAGUACUGACAGAUCUAUUGCUAGAAGUAACGAAUGAGGAAAUAGCAUUGCUCGCUAAAGAAGUCUAUAUCAAUUGUAAAGCGGAAUCCUCCACACCUGUCAUCCGCAAAGCUUCUGGAUUAACGAGUCUAAUACAAAGUUUUUCGGAAAGUGAUUCAGAUGAUGAAGAAAAGCAUGUUCAAUCCAUUAUAAAUUCAACUGUGAUAUCGAAAACGCCCAAUCUCACACCUACAAAACAGAAUCCUGCUCCAAGCAAAACUCCCAUCAAACCUAGUGAAAAUACUAAAGAGACGAAAUCGACUAAAAGUAAAACAAAGAAAUCUACACGCGAACGAAGUCGUUCAACAUCUCGUGAAGGCAAAGAUAAGAAAAAUCACCACAAAAAACAUCGUCGUCAUUCCUCUUCUUCUUCUUCAUCAUCGUCACCUUCAUCUUCACAUAGAAAGAAAAAAUCUUCUAAUCACCAUCACUCUGAUCAACGAAAACACGAUGAUCGACGACGUAAACAUUGA